AUGGACCCCUCUGACCCCUCUCGUGAUUCCGCCCAUCGCAUCACCUCCCGCCUCGCCCUCGUCCAGCAACAGCUGCUAUCCUCACCCUCCCAGGCCCGCGCCCACGCCUCCCCGCGCCAACCACCCAGCAUGGCCCGCGAUCCCAUUACUUGCCACUGCCUCAACACGCUGACCGGCACACCCGCCGCCAACCUGCCCGUCACGUUGACGCUGCUAUCCGCGCCCGCCUCGCCGUCCAGCCCCGUUACCUUCCGCGCCACGACCAACGCCGACGGCCGCGUCGCAACGUGGACGCCCGUGGGCGCGUCCUCGGUCCCCGAGGUCCUGUCCGCGCUGCCUACAGCGGAGAGCAAAACCAAUUGGGCGGUGCGCUUUGAGGUCGGACCCUGGUAUGAAGCCCAGGGCAUUGAGAGCUUCUGGCCGGAGGUCGAGGUCAAGUUCACGGUGAAGGGCCGCGGCCGUGACGGAGAGGAGGGCUGGCGCCAUUACCAUGUGCCUGUGCUCUUGGGUCCCUGGAACUACUCGACUUAUCGCGGGUCUUGA